AUGAUGGACAACCAGGCUGUGAAGUCGCUACUGGAAAUGGGUAUUCCCCACGAGGUGGCUGUGGACGCGCUCCAGAGAACCGGUGGCAAUUUGGAGGCUGCAGUCAACUUUAUAUUUUCUAAUGAGCUGCCGGAGCAGGCGAGCACGGGUCAGCCCAUGAUCUCUGAGAAUAGGAUGGUGUCCGAUGUUGAGACCAGCACCUACGACGUUCCGAACUCUGGCGACCAGGAUAUUGAUAUGCCUGACGUGGUCGGUGGUGAUGGUGAUGGUGAGGCCUACGACGACCUGACCGACGACCAUAGCGGCUCCAGCAGCUCCAAUAGUCGCGGGCCGGACCACUACUCCAUAUCGGAUACCUCCUUGCCGCCCCCUUCGUACAGUAUAGUGCAACACAAUCAAUUCAAGUCUGCCGUGGACGACCCGACGGUCGUCUUGCCGCUGCCCUUGAACUCGCUGAUCGAGAGUUAUUUUGGCCUGUUUGCGCUGCUUGCGUCCAUGUACUUCCCGCAUGUGUUCUUGAAGCCGGACUUCCAGGAUCUGAACUAUAGGCUGGACUGGUUCAAGGGGUCAUCCUUCGCAGCACCUAGGUACAGGCUCGCCUACCGCGAGUCAAAUGACGGCUCUACCACAUCAGAAAUUGUGGUGGCCAGCGGGCUGAGCAAGGACCCGCAGCCGCACCUGCUGUGGCAGUUACAGAAGCUCAUCUCCGUGGUCAACGCGAAGGCAUGCGAAAGAGCCUUUGUCUCGGCCAAGCUGUUCACGCUGUCUUUGGAACCACAAUUGAGGUCCAAGUUGGCUGAUUCCGAGCAUCUUUACGAAGUGCUCCCCACGUUCAUCAAGUCAUUGGCAGUGGACUUGGAAAUGUGUCCGGGGAUCAGAGACCGAGAAACAAGAAACCUCUUUAUAUCAUCUGCCUUACACACUCCAGAUAAGAACGAACCGCCCAUGGAGACCUUUUUGUCUCUGUUCCAUUUUCUGCCAGAGGAAUACGAUUCCAACCUGUACAAAAUGUUUAAUGUGCUGUUGUACCCUGAGGAAGAGGAGGAGGAAGCGGGAAAUGUCGUAUAUGGCGGUGAGGGUGGGCACCAAGAUGGGGAGUACUCCGAGCCCGAGAACACGUUGAAGGAAGUGGCACCUGUGCUGACAAUACUGUUCAAUGAACUAGAAACUAAUACAGAGACAGUGACGCUUCCCAACGGUGUGGACGUUCCACUGGAAUUUUACCCGCAACUUUACACGAAGCGUUGCAAAGACCAACUAAUAAGACACAUCAUUUAUAAGCGGAAGCAAGCCCGCAUCAAGUCCAGAUCUUUACUCCAAGAGAUCAACAAUUUGAAAAGUUACCAAGGUAAAAACAUAUCCACCAUCUUAGAGUCUACGCUAGCAUAUUUGCAAGCGGACAAGAAAGAUGCUGAUAACGAGACCUCGAAGCAAAUCGCGUCAUUGAAAGACACGCUAAACUCUUCCAGGGCCGCUAAAAUGGAGGAGUACAAGGACUUGGCAUCUAAGCUGCACGGGGAAUGGAACCUCUCACACCCAGAGAUACAUAUCAUCAACACCGCCAAACAGUUGGGGUUGAUUGAAAAUCCAUACAUUCUCUCGAUGGCAGCACUAUCGCCUUAUUCCUAUUUCACUAGAGAAAGAGACGGCGAGUGGUCAUGGACACAGAGUAACACAUUGGGCACAGAAUUCAAAAUAAACAAAUGCUCGCCUUCCGCGGUUCAAGAAGCCAUCAGGCGUGGAACGAAAUUUGCAAGUGAAAUGCCUCUGAUGUUCAUAUACUGUGAGGAGGGGAAAAUCCCCACCAACGACGAAGUCGCGAAAGCUUUAGAGAACAAUACCGGGUGUGUAAAGUUUGCCAAAGAUGACCAAAAUUCAUUGAACACUUUGCGUGCGCAGUUCAACGAUAGCACUGGCAAUAUCAGUACAAACUCCGACCAAAGUAUCGACAAUAAUAAUAGUAACGAUAACGAUAACAACAACGACUCCGAUUAA